CCAAUAUCCAGGUACAUAGUACAUACAUGUCGAUGGACGCCUCAUUGAUUCGAGCUGUGUAUGAUUAUAUAUGCAUAGUUUACCGCGGCAGGUAUGGGACAUGUUCUCUGGGUGUGUUGGGCAGGGCAUUUGGUAAUAGACGAGAAGCCAAUGAUGUCGGUAUGAUUCAUGACUGUGCACUCGGGUAUGUACCUACAUGUACAUGGAGUGAAGAGACGACACAUGAUAGCCAGCCGGUCGCCAGCGUAUGGAAACAUGCCAAACCAAAACACCGAGGCAAGACAUAUGCGCAACAUGCAAUCGCCCGAUUGGCAGCUAGCGGCUGUGAGAGAGGAGGGAGAGGGAGAGAGGGAGCAGCGGUGAGCUGGUGCACACACAUGGACACACACACCACACACACAAAUGCAGUACGUAAGCACGCAACCAGGCAAAAGGCAUCCCACUACUACUCUGCCGGCGCUGGGGGGGGGGGGCGUUUCGCUGGACUCGUACUGUCAUGUAUUCUAUUCCAUCUACCGGCGAAGACCGUCAUGCACGCCCGUACCCACGCACGCACACACGCACACUCUGGCAGGGCUGCUCCUUGCGGCAUAGUCGCCAUUGCUACGACGCGGGUCGUCACAUUUAGCGGGCCUUCGCCGCGCCGCACUCUCCCUCCUCCUUCACUCUUCCACCACCUCCCAGGAAACAAAACACCAAAUCUGCCGUUUUGGCCUCUCCACCUCCGCUCAGUUCGCACGCGUUACGGCCAGCACCUCACUGAGCCUCGCGCUACUGCUCUCAACGCUCGGCUGUCACUAGCCACUGCAACGACCGUCUCUGGCCGCACCUCCGGAAUGCCUUUGAUCGAUGGCGAGAAAUUCGCAUGCUCAUCUUGCAUCAAAGGUCACCGUGUAAGCGGUUGCACUCACAACGAUCGCGAAUUGCACCACAUCAAUCCAAAAGGCCGUCCUGUCAAGCAAUGCGAGCACUGUCGCGGUGCCCGCAAAUCAAAAUCGCACCAUGCGAAAUGCGAUUGCGGUGACAAGAAGGACAAGGACAAGGUGAAGGACAAGGCCGACCCCAACGCCUGCUGCUGCCACUCGGGCGCAAAGUGCAUUUGCGGCGGCAAGAAGGAGUCCGUCGAUCUGCGCUUGGACACCAGCAAGCAGACUCUCCACGACAUGCGGGCGCGACCCAAGGUGGUGUCAACACACUCGGAAAACAACUUGACUGUAUUUGCCAACGGUCACCACCGACCUUGCCACCGAAACAACAUCUCGGCCCACGUUUCGGGCGCCCCGUACAAGAUCCCUCGUCCGCAUACCCUUCACGGUCACUCUGCAUUCACCUCUUUCACCCAGGGAAAUGCGUACCCUCAGGUGGACGCAGCCGCUCCACGCUCAAUGGAUACGCUGUCGCUUUCCAACAACGACUUUUACCAGAUGUUCGGGUCUACAUCCCAAGCCGAAGCGCUGCCGAUUUCGCCUCUUUCGGGCAGUCUGGAUACCAGCUGUUUCCAAGAUCUGUUGCUUACCGGUCGAAGCUCGACAUUUGGCACAGGAACCCAAUCCCCAGCUGAGAGUAAUCUGGGAGAAGCAAAUGGCGGCUCACAAUGGCCCUUGACAAGCAAUCCUACGUCAUUGAACGCUCGGAACUUUGGUUACGGCAGUCUCUCAACUUCGCCUUCGCAAGAUUGCCUUCCAAUCCUGGGCGAUGACUGGCCGAUACCUUCGGCAGGUUUGGCCGAUCAUACGUCUUGGACUGCAGGUGACCUUCCUCUUGACUCGAGCAAGCUGGGUGAAGAUUUGCUACAGCCAAUCUCCCAUAGUGGCGAGUCGAAACAGAGUGCACCCGGGCUCUCGGUCACUUCCUCUUCUCCGUCGGAAGUGGGAGAGCCGACUUUCCUCGGCGAAUUCGAUCCCAGGGCCACUACUACGACCGAGACUUUGUUCUGGGAAGAUAGCCCUGCCUUCCGACCGCCGCCUGCCAAUGCAAACGACAGCCGAUUGCCAACCUCCAUUCCCCCGCGCUCUACCCCAGAGACACAUAGCCUCCCUGACUACUCGAAAACUUUCAACCCUGUUGCAGCUGCUAUGACGAGUGGCGAUACAAACCUGUACAGCGAGACACAGUCAAUUGCCAUGCCAAACAAUGCGGAUGACGCUCUCGCCGCCAAUGAUUGGUUGUUGAAUACGGCGGACGAGUUUGCUAAUUAUGCGGCCACAUUCGACCCUUCGACAUUCUCAGAAUGGCUGUAGUUAUUCGAGGUGCUACUCUCCAUGUGGUGCACAUCUAAUUUUACGAGGCCAUGAUUCAUGAUGACCGGUGCGUUUCUAUUCACAUGCUAAAACCAGGAUUGGUUUUGGUAACAGCGAUCCGCUCCGACGGGCGGAUCUUCCGACCUCGGUCGACCUGUAUAUAUCACAAUUUGGCUCUCGGAUAGCUCUCUCUGUGGGAUGACUAUCUUUGAGCUCUUGUUUCAUAGCUAUUUAGGGGGACUGGUUCAUGGUGGGCGGUACAGCACACAGUCGCAUUUACAAAUUCAGGCGAUGUCACUUUUGUUUUUUGAAAAUCGCUUGCUCCCUCACUCGCCAUCUCAAAAGCUCAUCUUCUAUAGACCAUGUUGAUUCAGGCGUUGGAUCGUCGCUGUUGUUGUUGCUGUUGUUAAUGGGUGUCGGAUAGAAUACAAGACAAGCAUGAUUCAUCUAUGACGUAUCUUCCGCCGUAUCUAACAAGUCGGUGGAUGACAUAGAAGAAAGCUGGGCUGCUGCUGAUGCUGACUGUAUGCGAUGUGACCCUGGGGGGAACGAACGAACAUCUGUGGUUCAGGUGACGUCGCUAACCCAUCCGUCGGCUGGUUGGUUGGGAUGGAUGGAUGGAGCGACGGGGUGGUUGGCGCUGCAGGCGAAAGGAAAAAAACCCCCCCCCAGCCAGCCCGCCCCGGGCUGACGGACGCACACACAGGUUUCCCUUGACCCGCUCGCCCUGCGUUGCCCUGCCUGCCUGUCUG